UAACAACAUUAUACUCCUAGAAUAAACAAGUUUAAGUAACAUACACAUAAUUUAGCAAUUUUUUUAAGAAAUUCUUUACGUAAUCGACUAAUUCUUACGUUGAGUUAGUUUAUAGUGGCCUGCCCAGCACGAAUUUUUAAGGAUGACUUAACCAGAGAAAGUUUAUUAAUGUACUAAGAACAAGAAGAGAUUUUACGAUCAGCAUUCACAUUCAGUAUCAUAUGAACUGCGAAAUAUAAGAUAAGAUGGAUGUUGAAUCGUUCCGAGAGUUCGGUAAAGCUAGUGUUGACUAUAUUGCGGAUUAUAUUGAAAAUAUCCGUAAGAAAAAGGUUCUACCGUCCGUAGAGCCAGGGUACCUACAAAACGAAAUUCCGGAACUAGCUCCUCUUUCUGGAGAACCAUGGCAAAAUAUCCUUCCCGACGUCGACAGAGUCAUUCUUCCAGGAUUAACCCACUGGCACUCUCCGCAUUUCCAUGCUUACUUUCCAACAGCGAAUUCGUUCCCAGGAGUUGUUGGAGAGCUGUUUUUGUCCGGAUUGGGUUCGAUCUCUACUGAUUGGGUAAGAAUACAACAAUCCAAUCCCGCUUGUGUUGAACUGGAAGUAAGAAUGAUGGACUGGUUAGCUAAAAUGCUUGGACUACCAGAACAUUUUCUUAACGAAUCAGAAGGUCCCGGAGGAGGUGUAAUACAGAACGCAGCGAGCGAGUCAACAUUGGUAGGCUUGUUAUCUGGAAAGCAGAGAACAGUAAAACACAUCCUCGAUAAAAACCCUAACCUAACUCCAGAAGACGUAAAAGGAAAACUGAUAGCUUAUACCUCAAAAGAAUCAAACUCUUCCGUAGAAAAAGCCAGUUUACUAGCCUCAGUUCCAAUGAGACUACUGCCUACAGACUCAGAUUGCCGUUUACGUGGAGAUACUUUACAGGAAGCUAUCCAGAAAGAUAAGGCAGAAGGCCUGAUUCCGUGUUGUGUUGUAGCUAGUCUAGGUACUACUGGAACCUGCGCGUUUGAUGACUUGGAAGAAAUUGGACAGAUAUGUCAGAAAGAGAAUAUUUGGUUACAUGUUGAUGCUGCAUAUGCCGGAGCAGCUUUGGUUUGUCCAGAAUAUCGGUAUCUAUUAAAUGGCAUUGAUCACGUGGAUUCUUUUAACUUCAAUCCUCAUAAGUGGUUCCUUACCAACUCAGAUUGCUCAGCAAUGUGGUUUAAAAACACCAAAGAUGCAGAGGCAGCAUUCAAAUUGAAAGCAGCUAUUCCAUCAGAUCCAAUAUUUGAACCAGAACUUGAACAUUGGCAAAUUCCCUCUUCUAGACGAUUCAGAGCCUUAAAACUGUGGUUUGUGAUGAGAAUAUACGGUGUGCAAGGUAUUCAGAAGCAUAUUCGUCAUCAGGUGUCUCUUGCUAAAUACCUAGAGGACCUUGUAACGUCAGAUAAACGAUUCGAACUGUUAAUUUCAAGUUUAGGAGUCGUGGGAUUCAGACUUAAUGGUGACGAUAGUGCCACUCAAAAGUUACUGGAUAAAAUUACAGAACGAAAAAAUUUGUAUAUAAUGCCUUAUUAUUACCAGAACAAGCUAAUGGUCCGGUUUGUCGUCUGUAGUCGACUAACUGAAAAGGAAGAUAUAGAUUUCGCUUGGAAAGAAAUCACAGCAAUUGUAGCAGCUAUGUUCAAUAAAAAGUCCAGAAAAAAUAAUAGGAAAAAGAAAGAUAUUGAAACAGCCAUUCUAACGAAAGUUGCUACAACAACCUUUCCUACAGAUUUUAAUGAUAAACUCAAUGUAGGAUUAUUUUUAUAAAUUGUGUAGAGUUGUUUUAGAUUUUUUUGUCUUAAAUAAAUGUAAGAUUAUGACAACUAUGUAGUAUUCAAAAUAACUUAAUCAAACUACAAGAUUUUAGUUUUUAUGUUAUAUUUGCAGUAUAAUUUUUAAUACUUAGAAGCAGAUAAAUAUAUCAAUUGUUAAAAAAACGAUAUUUAAAUAUAUUGUAUAAAUUGUU